UGCGUGCUGGGGCGCGUGUUGAAAAAGAGGAGUGCUGCCAAAGUUUGGGUCAGAUCGGCUCGUGGAGUGUAAGCAGUCAAGAGAGAGUUGGACGAGAGUUGGCCACACGGUCCCCACGCGAAGGACACGAGAGCUGAACACUGCCAAACCCACUCACUUACUCUCUGAAUUGAUCACGCUAGAAGCUCUGUCAGCGAGAUGGAAGCUGCGACCAUCACCACCACGCAGACGGCGUUCACCUUCGGACGUGCCACCAUCAGUCUGCACGCGCCGGCCCAGGACGCAGCGGGAGCCGCGGCGCACCCGAACGCGAGCGCGGCAGUCGCCUUCCAGAGCAAAACCAAGGUGCUGAAGAGACAGCGCUCCAGCUCCCCGGAGCUGCUGCGCUGCAAGCGGCGCCUGAGCUUCAACGGCCUCGGCUACUCCAUUCCACAACAGCAACCCGUGGCCGUGGCCCGGCGGAACGAGAGGGAGCGGAACCGGGUCAAGCAGGUCAACAUGGGCUUCCAGACGCUGCGUCAGCACGUGCCGAACGGCGCCGCGAACAAGAAGAUGAGCAAAGUGGAGACGCUCAGGUCCGCGGUGGAGUACAUCAGGGCUCUGCAGCAGCUCCUCGACGAGCACGACGCGGUCUCAGCCGCGUUCCAGUGCGGGCUGCCGUCCCCGACGCUCUCCAACAGCUACUCCGCCGACCCGGAGUCGCCUCACUCCACCUACUCAUCCGACGAAGGCGGCUACGAGCCUCUGAGCUCAGAGGAGCAGGAACUGUUGGACUUUACAACCUGGUUUGACAGAUACUGACGCCGCCGGCGCCGCAAAUCAAACUCUUUUGGCAUGAAUCGGACUUCUCGCAAGAAGUGCUGACACAGCUUUCUUCGUCCUGCGCGCUGCGCUUGCAGGUGAUUUGUGUCCCUGGAAGCUUCCGAGGGAGCAAAGCAAUAGUGAGAAAGUGAGAGAGGGAGCAUCCUGCCGCAGAUAAAUAGCGGCCACCUUCCUUUUCCCUCCCUCCCCCGAAAGAAAGAAAGAGAGGAGCUGGACUCACACCGACGCGUGAAAAAUGUUGACGCUCUGUUUGAUUAAGUGCAAUUAAGCUGCGGCGGAGCAGGACAAGUGCAGAGACGGUGCUGAAAUUCAUGCAGGAAAACACGGACUGCCUUCCUCACCUGCUGCACUUUUUUUUUUCUUUUCCUCCUGGAAGAUGACGCGUCAACGGACUUUUAUCAGUUAUGACGUAGUAGCUUACAUUUCGUAACACUGUAACAUAGGACAAAAAAACAUGUUUUAACUCGGAGACGUUAUUUUUGUACAAUGAGCCAAACAAAAAAUGUUAUUACUGCCACUUUUUUCCCCUGACAGCCUUGUUACCCUGAGAAAGCAGCUGUCAGGUACGGCAUGUGUGACGCGUAUGACUACCUGUGACCGAUUGUAGUGUUUUUUUUUUUCUUCUUCUUUUUGAUAGAGAACCUUUAUUGAUGUAUGCACUUGUUUCUCGUAGUCGAAAAUGUAAAUAUUCGAUUUUAACAGAUAUAUUUUGUGUAAAACAAGUUUUUGUUUUUAUAAAUAAAGUUAAACCUAUUUAUAUUAUGUC